UUGACAUGGCACUGACGGAAUUCGCACGAAACUCGGGGAAAUUUUGUUAGUUCAAUGUGUAAGCGUUGGCACGCGGCCGCUUAAAUUUUCGGCGGUGAUUAGAAAUGCCAGGUGAAUUAUGGAAAAAUUAGAGGAAGUAUCGCGUUUAGUACGGAAGUGCAUGAUAAAGUGUUAAGCGGUGUGUGGUUGGGACAAUGUGUGUUUUACAUUGAAAUUUUCAUAAAGAAUUUCAGUUAAACUGUGUGCUAUAAACAUAUAUGAAAUGUAGAUAAUUUUGUGCAGCUUUUUGUGAAAAAAUUUGCCAAAUUUUUCAUUAAUGUGUGUAGUUCUGUGUAGAGUUGUAAUGAAUUCAUACAUUUUAGUGUUACAAAAUUGUAUUAAGCCAGCUGUUGAAGUAUUUAAUCGCGUGUAAUUCUGAAUCGGCAUGAUAACUGGCGCUGAGGGUAGGCAAACGCACACUCUCUUGGACUUAAAGAAGCAACAAUGGGCUAAGGAGCGUGAGGAAAUCGCCCGCAUGGACGAGCUCAUCUCCUCCUCCCAUCAUCAUCAGCACUCAACCAUGGCAUCAUCGCAUCACUCGCACAAAAUCGAACGCACCUCCAUUCGCACCUACUACUCGAAUAUGGAUGUAAGUCAACAGCGCAGCUCGCGGCAGCAAUUAUUCCAGCAACAACAACAGCAGCAACAGUCACUACAACCGUACGCACCAGAAAUGCUGCCACGUUAUGCCCAACACAAUGUCAAUCCCUAUGCAGUGCCGCUGACACAAAGCAACAUGCCCGUGCAACAUGCGGCACGGCAGCAACAACAACAAAUUUUACGUGGUAGCAAUAGUUAUGAUUAUGAGCUCGAACGUUAUGUGGAUGUGGUCGACGAUGAGCUGGGCAUUGAUGGUGACUAUGAAGAUGAUGAUUGCAGCUAUCGGCGCAUGCGACCGCCUGUGCGUCACGCUACAUUCAUGCAACAUGCGCCAGGACGUCGCAAUCACACGACCAGCAUGAUGUCGCAAAUACCAGGACAACGCAAGUGUGGUUAUGAAGAGCUGACGCUGCCCGGUGCGGGGUUGCAGACGGCCAAAGCGCGCAUGCAACACCCACCAACACUACAACAACAACAGCAGCCGCCACAAAUGCGCAUACGCAGCCCGAGUUUGCCCAUCAUACGCCAUCAGGAAUACAUAAAGCGACAACCGCAGCAGCAGCAGCGUAUGCCUGGUAGUGGUAUGCCACAACAGAAAAUGCCACCACAGGCUACACAGUUGGCGCCAGCGGUAUGCGGCGAUGGCAUUCCUGUGGGUGCGCCUAGCAACUUGCCGCCGCAUCGAUCCAACAAUCCAAACAAUCCGGUGUUGAAUCCCGGUUGCCAGGAGGAAGACACCUCGGGUUAUCGCAGCGAUUCGCCGAAGAACCAACACACACCGGAAAUCUGGUAUAACGACGCGGCCAGUCUGCAGCGCAGCGGCAGCAGUACGACGACUAGCGGUAUGCCUGGCGCUGAUGGCAAUGGUGGCGUGGAGUUGAGUGCGAUACCUAUUACCGUGGAUGUGGGUGGCAUUGAAGAUGGGGUUAAUGGGGUGGCAGUGCGCGCAAAGCGUUCGAUAACGAGUCAACAACUUACGAAAUGUCAAAAGCAACAACAAAUGCAACAGUAUGCAUGCGAUGAGGUGCAGCAGCAGCAGCAGCAACAAAUUAUGAAUUCCACCUACGUUGUGGCACGUUCAUAUAACAGUGGCUUGGACGACAGUUGCCAGGGCAGCUACUACAUGACCCCACUGAGUCCCUCCAACCUCAGCACACGCGACAUCUCCACCUCCAAUACAUAUCCCAUACAUCCCGGCGAUCAGCACGAGUACUAUGCCAACACAACAACAGCACAACAGACUCACGACGACCACGAACGUGCUAAGUGGUCUAAUUACAAUAACAACAGUGAGUAUACGGGCAAGCCCAGCAACGGUCCGAACUGGUUGAAUCGUGGCCUGCACGAGCUUAAGGACAGCGAAGACGACACUCAAUCCAUGCAUUCGUCUUACUUACGCGGUCAGAACGCGCCCGUCGAUCCCGUUACUAUGGCCGAACGUAUCGAUAAACGACGCAAGGCAGCCGAGUACCAUAAUGCGAUCAAACAACAGCUACACGAACGCGAAAUGUUGCGCAAGUGGGAGAUGGAGCGCCAUAAGCAGGAGGAAAUGUUAGAAGAGGAUCGUUUGCGUAGACAAAAGCAGUUGGAGCAAGAACGCUUGGAUUAUGAACGUCGUCAACAGAUGGAACGUGAGCUGGUGCAGAAAAAGAAGCAGCAAGCAAUGUUGGAUGCGAUUGCGAAGGCGGAGGAGGCGGCCAAGCAAGAGAAACAACGCAAGCGGAAGCAACGAGUUCCGCCGAUGGAGAAGGAGCAGCAGCAACAGGAAGCUGAACUGGAGCUAGAGAAUACUAAUGACGAGCAAGUGGAAGUUAAGAUCACAAAGGGCAAAGUUAAUACACGCAAUCGGGCUAAGAGGAAUGUAACUGUACAACAACGAGAUGACAAAGCAGAGUUUGAGAGACAGCCGGAUGCUAAAGAGAAAACAGAGCGGCCACACGAUGUUCAAAUACUACGUCUGCAGAGUGUUGAGAAGCCUGUGGAGCCAUCUGUAACGCCGCCACCAACAGAAAAUACAGCGCUGAUAAUAGAGAACCCAGCAAUAAAAAGUCAGCCAAAACCGCACACUGAGCCACCCAAAAAUGAGGAACGCCAUGUAGAGGAGGAUGAAGAAGAGGAGAAGGUGCUCAUAGGCACACCAAUAAAUUUACGCCGAAAUAUUAAAAAGAAAACUGUGCAUGCUACGGAGUUUAAGAAAGAUCCGAAGAAGUCGCAGCCUAAUGCCAAUGUUCCACAGGAGAAUGUCGCUGUUAUUAUGCAGCCAGCUACGCUUAUACCAUUACCAGUGACGACCGACAUAUUUGGACUACAAAACGCUAUAGGAAAUCUACAAAUCGCCACAUAUUGGAUGCAGCAGCAACUGAAGCCGAAUACCGCUGCCUCGACAAUGGAUUUUUCGAAGACAACUGGCGAUGGUACACACCGCACUACUACUUCGAUCUCCACGGAGGAUGGUUAUCAGAUGGAAAGUGUAGUUGAAGAUGAGCGAAAGAGUGUUGUGGAAAUGGAAGAGGACAAGGCUGUUCCAGAAAAGUUAGAAGAAGGAUCUUCUAAAAAGAAUAGUGAACGGAAACCGGAAGAACUGGCGCUCAUUCCACUAGAGACCCGGGCGGCAGUUGCAGGUGAACAGCACUUAAUCGAACAGCACGCACAUCAGGAUGUGGAGACACAAACGGAGUUGCCACUCAAUUGUGAUCUCUGUCUAUUUCAUGACAACUUCUAUAAAGUGCUGCUAAAGCGUGAAGUUUCCACUACAACAACAACGCAGACAUCUAAGACUAAAAACAAACCCGCGAAAGAGCUGGAUAAAGAUCAAGAGACUACAACUACAACUACAACCACAACGACCACGACCUUUAAGGCCAAGACCAAAGACAAGGAUAAGGAGAAGGAUAAGGACAAAGAGAAAGACAAAGAAAAGGAAAAGGAGAAAGAGAAAGAAAAAGAGAAGGAACGCGAGCGUAACAAACGUAAUCAAAAGGAUGGCGUGCCACACAAUGCAAAUCUCGCCAUAAGCACGCACAGUAAUCACAACCACAACCACAAAGUGGACGACCGUCCCAAAUGGGGUGUCAAUAGGCCGGUCGUGCAGUAUGUAAAGGCCAGCGAACGCGACCCUUUCUACCUACGCAACAAGAAGAAACAUACUAGUAAUCAUCACAUAAAAGCGCCACGUUCACAAUCGGUUGAUGCGCGACUCGACAGUGCCGUUGCGGAGGUCGACGAUGGCGAGACAGACCGUGGUGCCGAUAGCGCUGGGGAGCACGAGGGCCCGUCAAAUGUGGAGGAAGGCUUUUUGUUGAAGGCGCGCAACGUCUGCACGGAAAUUUUGCCCAUCAAAACGGAUGAGAAGGGACGCAUAUUUUUGAAUUUCCGCGAAGCGAGCGCCAUCAUGAACGAAGAUGAGAUUAAGGAUAAGUUAAGGCAGCGUUACUUUAAUUUCGGACGCAUACUGCCACGUCGCAGUUGGGCUUCGGCUACGCAACAGGGUUUGCAAUUCCGAGCAAUGGCAGCGACAGCGUUGGCAACGCAACCCUCAGCGCAUUUAGCUGAUGAUUAGUUGACACCUUUCUUAGUGGGGUUUUUAUAGUAGUGUAAGGUGGAUGGUUGAAAGGCGUAAUUAACAGAAAACAAGUAUAGCUCAUGAUAGUUUUUACUGACUUUCACUUGAAUGAAAGUUAAUACAAAUCUGAAAGUCGAGUUACGGUGGAGUGGAGUGGCAGUUGUCGCACACUUUUACUCAGAAAAUAUUUUCCAGAAAACCUUUUCAUUUAUGGUUCGUUUCGCUAGGUCCAUCUGUCCUUGGAUUUUCCAUUAUUUUAUUACAUCUCCUUGGCUUCUAGUUGUUGUCUAUUCUGGAAAAGUCCAAGAAUACUUCCAGUUCUUUACAAAUAGCCUUCGAUUUUCCUAGUCUUCGUGAGCAAGUAGUCUGUAGUUUUUCUUAACCUUCCUGGGCAACUCCCCAUCUAUUUUAUAAAGAAGGUAUCCUAAGCUGUCAUUCCUUUGUUCAAGGAAGUACUUUUUAUUAAAAUAGGAGUUAGCUCAUUUUUAUAGGCCUUGUCGUUUCAAGAGUCGAUGAAAAACUAGACUUAUGAAACUAUCCAGUUAUUCGAAGUAUCAGCCGCUAUCCUAAAGUAAUUUGUACUAUGGACCGAGUUAAGAAGAAUACCUAACUUUCACAUUACUUGUAAGUUACAUCUUUAAAAAAAAACUCUUACUCUUUCUGACUAUAGAGAAACCUAGUGAGGAAAUACGAAGCCUUCAGAUUACCAGAUCAACUUUUACGAUACAUCUGGAAUUUUUGACUGAUUUUGAUAGUCUCCAUAUAAUCCAGGAAAAGACUGUUAAAACUCGAAAGAACUUCAUUCGGUAAGUUAGGCCGUCCUUUCGGAACUAAGUCAGUGACCACUAAAAUUAGAUUUACGAUUAAACUUCUCACUAAUACAACUAGAACUUAUAAAACAUUAUCCUUAGCCCUUAAAGAAAUCACAAACUUUGUAUUCGAAUACUCGCAUUUAAACAUACAUGCAUAUAAAUAUUCAUACUUGCAUACCCCAACUAAUAUAAAAUAAAGUCAUAAA